ACGCUCACCUCUCGCAUCCCAGUAGCUCCCGUCGUCGUGGCGAAAGCCUCCUCAUCUUGUUCUUCUUCCCCCAUCCAUCAAUUUCCCUCGCGUGCAUUAACGCCGGAUCACAUCAACUUAGCCCAAGUCGUAAAGCUAGCUCCCUCCACCCUGCAGCUGGUUCGCGAUCACACGACGGCCAUGACCACCGAUCUCGUGGCGUCAAUUCGAUCGCUCGCUCGCUAGCUCGCGCUGGCUAUAGCCGUCGUGGAGAAGACGCAGCCAUUGGAGGUGAACAUGAACGGCCAUGGCGCUCUGCGCCGUUGAUCCGACCAACCGACGCGCGCGGUGCGCGAACCGGAGCCGUCCGAUGGAGGUGACGGCGCCGCCGGUUUGGUAGGUGCGCCUCCUUUUUCAACCGGGGCUUCGCGCCAACGCCACAGUGUGUGUGUCGUGCCGUGCGUGCUCUGAGCUGAGCUCAACGAGCUAGUGGUCCAGUCCAGGUCGGUGGCGACAGGGGCGGCAUGGCUGCGUCGGGCGGUGAGGCGCCGGCGAGGUCUGGUCCUGUGCCUGACCUGUGCGAGUAUCUUGACCGGCCGGAUGCUCUCCACAGGCGCGCGGCGUCGGUCGCCGUCGUGCGGUCCGGUGACCGCGGCGACGGGCCGCGCAUCUUGGAUGGAGCUGGGAGGGAUGACCGGAGGGCGCGGUCGUCGCGCCGGCUGUCGCUGUCGUCGUGGAGGAGGCCCCCGCUCUCUUGGGCGCCGGCCGGCGAGGCGUCGUCGGCGGAGUCGAGGAGGCAAGGAUUCGCGGCCGGGGCGGCGGUCGGUGGCGGGAAGAUGAAGGGGGCGAUAUGGGACUGGAAGCCCGUCCGCGUGCUCUCUCGCCUCGGGAAGCGCCGCUCCGGCUGCCUCUUCUCCAUCGAUGUGGCAGCCGUCCGCGGCGUGCCGGCCUCCAUGGACGGCCUCCGCCUCGCCGUCAAGGUCCGCAAGGCGGAGACGAAGGACGGCGCGGUGCAGACGAUGCCGGCGCCGGUGCGCGACGGCUGCGCUGAUUUCGACGAGACGCUCUUCAUCAAGUGCAACCUCUUCUUCACCGGCGGCGCGGGCACCGGGAAGCCGCUGAGGCUCGAGCCACGGCGGUUCGUCGUGUCCGUCGUCUCCAUCGAGGCGCCGGGCAUCCCUCUGGGGACGCACACCGUCGACGUCAGCUCCCUCGUGCUCGAAUCCCUCCAGAAGAGCUCCGAGGGCCGCCGUGUCCGGUGGUUCGACAGGGCCUUCAGCCUCUCCGGCAAGGCCACCGGCGGCGAGCUGCUGCUCAAGCUUGGGUUCCAGCUCAUGGAAGACGCCGGGCUCUGCCUCUACACCCAAGCUACAGAGAAGGCCGACGACGUGUCUCCGGCUCGUGCCAGGGUUCACAACAAGAACUCGUUCAGUAUCUCGAGCACGGCGGCGGCGCCGAAGAUUUCAGCAUCCGACGCGGCCAUCUCACCCUCCAUGAGAGCUUACAAGCAACUCAUCGACCGGCUCAACGUCGACGAGCAUGGAGAGCCUGUAACGUCUCUGAUCCCUCGGAAGUUCGCCGACGACGAGCUUUCCGCCACCAGUGGCGGCGACGUCGGCUACGGCCUCCCGGAGUACGAAGUGGUCGACAAGGGCGUCGAGACCGUCAAAGAGGUCGUCCACUACCAGGCUCACCGCGACGUGCUAAAAGAGCUCGACUCCAUUGCCGACCAGAUCGAGGCCAUCGAGGCGCUGAUGACGAACGGCGGCAAGAAGUCGCCGUCGCCGAAGGCGGUGGAUCUGCUGCAGCGCCUCGACGCGGAUGAAGAGAUGGUGACGGUGGAGUUUCUAAGGAAGCUCGAAGUCGACGACGACAAGGGAAGGAAGCUGAAGCAGCCCAUGACGCCAAGAAGCGAGUCGGAGAAGAAGGCAGCGCCGCCGCCGGCGGUGGUGCCGGACUUGGGGCCGGGCCUUGGGACUGCGGUGAAAACGCGCGACGGCGGAUUCUUGGUGUCCACGAACCCGUUCGACUUGCCUCUCGCAAGCGGGGAUGCGACCCCGAAGCUCGCCAUGCAGGUGUCGAGGCCAUUCGUGCUGCCGAGCUCCAUGGCCGCGACUGGGUUCGACGUCCUCCAGAAGGUAGCCGCGGCGGGCGGCGGCGAUGAGGUCCGGGACAAGGUGGCAAAGCUCGGUGGCAUGGACAACCUCACUGGGAAGACGCCCGAGCAGGUGGGCUUCGAGGGCAUAGCGGAGGCGGUCAUCGGCGGGCGGCGCACCGAGGGCGCGAGCUCGAGCGCCGCCCGGUCCGUCCGGCUCGUCCGGAAGCUUGCCGCCGCCGUGUCCGACGGCCGGAGCGAGCGCGUGGCCACCGGAAUCUGGACCGCAUCGGACGACCCGGAGACGUUGGAGGAGGUGAUCGCCUUCUCCCUGCAGAAGCUGGAGGCCAUGGCCGUGGACGCGCUCAUGAUCCAGGCAGAGAUGGCCGACGAGGAUGCGCCGUUCGAGGUGGCGCCGGCCGCGGGGGACGCCACCACCGUGUUCGACUCGCUGGUGUCCCCCGACGAGUGGUCGGAGUCCCACAGCUCGGACGGCCGCGUCACGCUGCUGGCGGCCAUCCAGCUGCGCGACCCGUCGCGGCGCUACGAGGCGGUGGGCGCGCCGAUGGUCGCCGUCGUGCAGUCGGCCAGACUGCUCGGCGCGGCCGGCGGCGGGAAGUUCAAGGUGAGGAGCCUGCACGUCGGCGGCGUGCAGCUGCGAGGCCCGGCGGGAGCCGGCGGGCGCGCGAGCUGGAGCGCGGAGAGGCAGAAGCUGACGGCCAUGCAGUGGGUACUCGCGCACGGGCCCGGGCCGGCGCGCACCGGCAGGAGAGCGCGGACGACGACGACGACGCCGACGGCGUCGUCUCAGGCGAGGCAGCGGCCCGACGUCGUGUGGAGCCUGUCGUCGCGGGUGCUCGCCGGGAUGUGGCUCAAGACGGUGCGCAACCCUGACGUGAAAAUCGGCGCCACCGCCGCCGGCGGCAACUGAGGCAGCGCCGGUCGGGACGCCACGUUAAAAUUUGCAGUGUGCCGACGUCGUGAUGACGUACCCGCGUCGAGGUAGGUUGCAUGAUAUGUAUGCAGACUCUAGUAUUUGUACUUUAUGCAUCAGUACAAAAAUUGCUCGUUCUACGUCCCGUUUGAAAUGCAGGAAUUUUAUGGAAUUUUUAGAAAUCGGAUAAAAUUUCCACAUUUCAAACAAAGGUGUAUGUCAUAUGUGUAGUGUAGCCAAGUUUCCCGCAAAAAAAAAAAAAGAAGUGUAGCCAAGUUGUCAGUGUUAGUGUGCAGAAUCUCAUCCGUUUCAUUGUCAUUUUGUUACAAAUUUACCAUUUUGAUUGGUUUAUUCUUAACUACA